UAAGCUUGUAAGAAAAAAAGAUAAAAAAUGGCUUCGAGAGCGUGGAGGUAUAGAAGGCGUGCUGUUAGCCCUGGAAACAGAUAUGGAGAAUGGCGUCAGAGGUGAUCGAACUGACAUUGACAGCAGAAGAAAAGCCUUCGGCUCUAAUCUUUUUCCACAGUAUAAUCUGCGAAAAACAUUUCGCCGUUUCGUGUUGGAAGCAAUUAGAGAUCCCAUAAUUGCUGUUUUGUUUAUCUGUGCUGUGCUUUCUUUAUGUUUUGGCAUUCAAAAACAUGGCCUACGACAAGGAUGGCAAGAAGGAUUGACAAAAAUACUUGCUAUUCUUGUAGUGGUAAUUGUUUCCUCCAGCGGAAAAUUCUGGCCAAUCACUCAAUGCCUUGAAUUUUCAGCUAUCAGCUGCUAUAUUCCUGAAACUGAUGUUGUGAGAACCAGUAAAUGGCAGCGAAUUCCAAUAUGUCGAGUUCUUGUCGGAGACAUAGUUUUUCUAAAGCCUGGUGAUCAAGUUCCUGCCGAUGGAUUGUUCAUAGAUGGCUGUUCACUGAAUACAGAGAUGACGAAGGCAGAUGGGCAAAUUGAUCGAAUCGAAGUGGACGCACACGAGAAUCCAUUCUUGUUCUUUGGCAGUACAGUUGUGGACGGUUAUGCCCGAAUGCUAGUGACAGCAGUUGGCAAGAACGUAAAGCACCAUGGAAUUUCUUUGAGGGGGUCUUUAAUUGACGAGCUCAAAAGAAUCACCUCUAUAGUAGGCAAAUCUGGUAAGACAGUUGCUCUGCUGAUAUUUAUGGUAUUUUUGGUACGUUUCUUGACAGGCAAACUACAUGAUGAUAACGGAAAAGGAGUGUCUUUCGGUGGAGAAACAACAAUUGGCGAUGUUCUUGCUGUCGUUGGGAUUCUGGCUACUCCAACAAUGAUUGCUUUGACAUAUACUCCAGAAGAUUUGGUUUCGGCUGUCAGAACGUGUCUUGCUUAUUCAAUGAAGAGACUAAUGAAGAUUCAAAUUCUUGUGAGAGAACCUUUAAUCUGCCAUAAAGUUGCAUCUGUCACCACUGUUUGCAUGAAUAAAACUGGAACCUUAACUAUGGAUUCCAUGGAGGUGACCAAGUUCUGGCAAGGUCUAAACUCCAUUGAAGUUCAGCAUAAUUUGAUUGCUCCAAGUGUGCUUGAAUUACUGCACCAAGGAAUUGGUUUAAACACUACUCAACCCCCUUCAAGGUCUUCAUCAUCAUCUCCUAUAAAUUCAACUGAGAAGACAAUUUUUGAGUGGGCUGUUAAGCAGUUAGGGAUGGAUGUGGAAAGUCUGAAGAAAAGCUGCACUAUUCUUGAAAUCAAACCAUUCAAUUCGAAGAACAGGCAAAGCGGGGUUUUCAUCAGUAAAAAUGGCGACAAUACGAUUCAUGUACAUACAAAGGGAGCUCCAGAAGUGAUAAUUCCAAUGUGUUCUCAUUAUUAUGAGAGUACUGGAAAUGUAAAAGUGAUGAACAAAGAUUCCAAAGCUUUAUUUGAGCAAAUUCUUUCAGGCAUGGCAGAAAAUGGCCUCAGAUGUAUAGCUUUCGCACACAGGAAUACAUUAAUAAGAGAUUUCACCAUCUUUCAACAGCAGCUGAUUCUAUUAGGCCUUGUCGGAUUGACAAAUUCCCAUCGAAGUGGAACAAGGGAAACAGUGGAAGAUUGCCGUAGAGCUGGAAUCAACGUCAAAUUGAUCACCGGAGAUAACAAAGUAACUGCCACAAUCAUGGCCACUAAGUGUGGAAUAAUUGAGCCUGAUUACCAGCCUGGUGAAGUGAUAGAUGGUGAGGAAUUCCGGAAGUUUAGUUCAGAAGAGCAAAUGGCGAAAAUUGAAAAUAUCUGCGUGCUGGCAAGAGCCACUCCUGAUGACAAGUUACUUAUGGUCCAAUCUUUGAAGCAGAAAGGCCAUGUGGUUGCAUUCAUUGGACGAGGCAUUGGAGAUGCACAAGCCCUUAGAGAAGCAAAUGUGGGACUUUGUUUUGGAACCCAAGGAGCAGAAAUUGUCCAAGCAUGUUCAGCCAUUGUCAUGUCAUGCAAAGAUUUUCCUUUCAUCAUUGAUAUUUUGACAUGGGGUAGGGGAAUAUAUGACAGUGUCCAGAUUUAUACUCAGUUUUUGCUCAUUGCAAGUUUUGUUGCUCUGGUAAUUGACUUUGUGAUGGCUGUUUCAUCUAGCGAACCCCCUUGUUUGAGUGCUGUGGUAGCUGUUUCGACAGGAAAAAUUCCAUUUCCGGUGUUUCAACUUUUGUGGAUGAAACUAAUUGCAGGUACUUUAGCAGUUCUUGCACUCAAUAUAGAGAAGCCGUCUCGAGAUGUUAUGAGGAGGCCACCAAGAAACUUGAAAGAGCCACUAAUCACAGCCCAAAUGCGUAAAAAAAUUAGGGCUCAAGCUUUAUAUCAGAUAGCCAUCUUUCUGGUUAUACAUUUCAAAGGCAAAUCAUUAUUUAAUGUGAAUGCUAAGGAAAAGGAUUCUUUGGUCCUUAGUACAUACAUUCUCUGUCAAGCCUUCAACAUAUUCAAUCCCAGGUUUUCGGAGAAGAACAUUGUUGAGGAGAUGUAUAAGAAAAAACUUUUCUUGAGCAUCAUCGGACUAAUUAUUUCCAUUCAGUUUAUAAUGGUGGAACUUCUUAAUGGGUUUUCAGGGACAGCCAGGCUAGGAUUUGGCCAGUGGGGCUUGUGUAUAGCCUUUUCUGCUACACCUUCUAUGGUCACUUGGUUUGUUAGGUGCAUGCCUCCUCUGGGAAACUUUAAGUUGCCAAUGUUGAAGCCUAAAAUCGAUUAGUCAAGCGCUCUAUCUUUCAUUAUUCUCUAGUCAAAAUACAGAAUCUGUAGAUUGCUUCGAAAUCCGUUUGCUGUUUUCUGUUUUCACAUUUUGCUCUAUGGAACUUUAUGUGGUCAAUGUUGAAGUGUAAUAUCAAUUAGUUAAAUUUCACUAUCUUUCAUUAUUCUCUA